GUGCUGUGCAUACAUAAUAAGACAGUCCCUACCCCACAGAGUUUACAGUCUGAAUGGAUAAGACAGAUAAAGGAUAGGAAGGGGACUAGAACCACAGAAAAGAGUGAAGUUAAGUGACAUGUGAAUGGUCACACAACAACUCCAGUGCUCUAUCCACUAGGCCAGAGUUUCCCAACCUUUUCAGGUUGGCAACUGCCUAUUUGAAGUAAAAAUUAAGAGUAAAAACAUGUAUCAAUGAUAACGAGCAGACUGUGGUAAUUUAUUUACGUGCGUGUUUUGAGAAGUUGACAGACUACUUCACCUGGAAGGGUCAGGGUGUGUGGGGUAUGGGGGAACCAGAUUUUUUUUGCUUGAGACUCUAAUAAAAUUUUCUACACCUUGAGACCCCCUUGAUGGCCUUUCAAGACCCCGCCCCCAAGGGUCACGCCCCACCAAUUGAGAAACACGGCAAUAGACCAUGCUGCCUCAGUUGAAAAAGAGGUGAAACCUUGACCCCAUUGAGAUCAAUGGGAAUUUUGCCAUUGACUUCCAUGGAUCCAGGAUUCCACCCAAGGAACCUUAGGGAAGCUGAUGUAAUUAGAGUGACCAGGAUGUCGGAAUUAGAAAUGUUGGUAACCCAAACUAGAAUCUGGCCAGGGUGCAGGACUUAACACUUGCAAAAAAGUGUGGUGGGAUCUUUAUGCACACAAGUGCUGAGGAGGACCUGAGUUUCAUCUCUAAUAUGACAAACGGCAUCUCCGGCAGGACAGUGCCUCCGUCCUUGGGACAAGAGUUCAGCUGGUUUGUAUGAGCGGCACUCUUCCAUCCUCCCUCAGGCACUGUUUCCAGAUGGCUGCUAUUGAUGUCAGGUGUGUGGACGGGGGAGGGUUGCUGAACCUGUGAAAAGAUGUGGGCACCUGGAUAGCUUCCCCCUUUUUUGAAUUCAUGGACAUCCUGGAAGCAGGAGUUCAGUGUAGAAUAGCUACUUUUGCGACCACCUUAUCACAAAAACGGUUGCCGGGGAUUCUUCCUUAAUUCAUUUCCCCCCAACGUUCAACGUGCAGAUGUAAUAAUGGGCCUGCAUGCGCCGAGGCAGAUUGUAAUUUUCUCAGUGUGAAGAAAAGUCCUGUUUCAUUAAGGGCACGAAGGUGAAGUGAUUUCCCUCCCUGGUCACUUUUUACUUGUUUCAAGAUUACCAGUUCUUGGCUAAGGCCACCUCAUUCCUCUGAGAGCCUUCCAGUGGACAACUCCAGCUGCAGCGGAGACACUCCCAUGUAUUGCCUUCCCUUUGUUUUAUACUAUUCCUGUUGAAAUCAAUUUAUUGAUAUUGUGUGUGUGCAUAUAUUGAUAUUGAAUAUGUGCAUUCUUUUGGCUAGAGCAAGGAAGUAAUGGUAAGGGGGCUCCUGUGCUGUGUGUCCAUCUCUGGCACUGACUUUCUGAGUGGGUAAGUCACAGGAAUCCCUGAGUGAAAUUCUGUGGCCUGUGUUAUGCAGGAGGUCAGACUAAAUAAUCAUAACAAUCCCUUCCGGCGUUAGACUCUAUGAAACUUGUGUCAUCUCUCCAUGCAGGGAUGAUCUAGAUAUACUUGGUUCCUUCUCAGCAUGGAGGGCGAGGGGCUGAACUAAAUGAGCUCUUGAGGUCCCUUCCAGCCCUACAUUGCUUUGAUUCUCUGCCUUGAUUUACCCCUCUGCAAUUAUAUUGUUACAGAACUAUUGCUUCCUAGCUUCCUGGUUGUCACUACAGUGCACAUCAUGAUUACGUGGGACCUCCUGGUGACAGCAGGACUAGAACUGAAAUCUGAUCCUUCGACUCCAAAAGCACAGGUCACUCCCUACCAGGUUCACAAUGUCUGACAGAAAGGCUGUGAUCAAGAAUGCAGACAUGUCUGAGGACAUGCAGCAGGAUGCUGUAGACUGUGCUACACAGGCAAUGGAGAAGUACAACAUAGAGAAAGACAUUGCAGCAUAUAUAAAGAAGGAAUUUGACAAGAAAUACAACCCUACUUGGCACUGCAUUGUUGGCAGAAAUUUUGGCAGCUAUGUAACACAUGAGACAAAGCACUUCAUCUAUUUUUACUUGGGUCAGGUUGCAAUUCUUCUGUUCAAGUCUGGAUAGGAAGUCGGAGCAAGUGAAAUUUGGACUGUAAUGCACUGAUGGCUGAAGCCAAGAUUCCCUUUAACAUGGCUGUGCCGCUGCAUGGACUGUAUACUAUAUUUAAUGUGUAUAUGUUGCAGUAAAAUCUACUUCUGUUUAGUUGCCUGGGAAGAAGGCGGCAUUUUUUGUUACUGCUUUUUUUUUUUUUUUCUUUUCUUUUUUGGUUGUAUUGCACUAGGAAAACUGUAAAUGCUUAAACAAUGGCCUUUCAAUGGGAAGAAAUAAAACUGUUCCACAAACAGCUCCCCCAGUGGUAACCUUUUCUUUGGCAAGGCGGGGAAAACACUUUUUGUUUAGCAGACCAAAAAGAGAUCUUAUUGAGUUCAUAGUAAAUACUCUUGUUAGACUGUUUAAACUUCUGUGUGUGUAUCAAUGGAGGAACGUCAACUUUCCUUUUCAGUUUUAGUCUGUGGGGUGGAUGUGGGAGCUGUGUCAAUUUGGCUUCGCUGGUCAUCUCAGCAGUUGGUGGGGAGAAAGGCCUUAUAAUGCCCAUGUAAGUUAGCCGGGAGGCUUUUUAACAAGGUUUUCAUUCAAAAAGUGUAUUCCCAUCUUGGGACUGCAUGGCAAAUCAUACAACUGGGCCUUGAUGUUUUCUCUAGAAAUGCCCACACCACUGCCCUCAGAUCAGCCUACACGGAUCAACUAAACUCACAGCAACUUAAUCUAGUCUGAAACUUAUUAAAUGUCCCCCCCUAAAUUAUUACUUUUUGUAGGAGGAAGGAUCUCCUGGCCUCAGUUGGUUCGUGGUGGGGUGAUCCAGAGCUUAGUUGCUGCCACUGAGACUAACUUUCUUAGGCCAUCUGGUCUCUGUUCCAAAAUGGACUAGAAAAUUUUAAAUGUAGUGAUUGACACCAGAAUCUGAAAGACUUGAUUUGGCAUGUCUUUAUCCAGACAACACUGCCUUAACUCAGGUCUUUCCCUAAAGUAACCUAGUCAUCUGGAAGACUUGAAGAUGGCCACUGUUGUCUCCAUCAGCUACAGUGAAAAUCCUCCAAGAAUAGCUUCUGUGUUCCAAAUCUCUCUCCUCUCUUAGCAGAAGCUGUUUUGUGAGGAGAAACUCGUGAACAUAUUCUCUGAAGACAGAAUGUCGUUCUCUCCAAUAGGGUCAGCAGUGUUGUCUUAGUGUGUAGUAACUUCUAGUUCAAACUGCAAGAAGGUUCUUCUGGAUCAUCCUAGGGUGGUGUCCCCUCCCCUUCAGUCCCCCCUCCCCCCAAAAAAUAAAUAACCCUCCAAAAACACCUGUGGUGGCUUCUGCAAAACUUGGUGCUUGCAGUAAGAGCUUAUUGAUUGAUGGUUAAUAUGGGCAGAAUUUCUAGAAUGGAGUGAAUUCUGUUCUAGGGCCUGGUGACUCCUAACUCUCGAGAUGAACCAAGUUGAUGGUUGAAAGUAACAUGUCACUGCUUUUUGUUUGCUGUAUUGGGAGAGGGGAGAAAGUGUAGCUAUUAAUUGUGAAAUGACUGAAUGACCCAGGCUGACUUUUUCCUGAAGUAAAAGUCCUUGUGUCUGUAGACUGUGCAAAAUCCAAAGUAUACCUAACUUUGUAAUAUUGAUAGAACCAUGUUGUAACUAGACAAGAUGUGGUGUCAUAAUUUAUUUCAUGUUGACAACAAACUUCCAAUCUGGGGGUAAGGUGCCUUGGACUAACCAGGGCACUUUGGCGACUUUUGUCUAUACAGAACUCCACUUUUGAUCUAAAAAGGAGAAUGUGUGUUUGUUUUCCAAGCAUGAGUCUGAUGUGAACCUGUUCACACUCUUCUGUGGAGCAAGAGAUGUUCCCUUCAUAACUGCAAUUGCUCAAAUACCUUUUUAUUUUUCAAACAUUAAAGGUGAAUUGACACAUUUAAAAA